GCGGCCCGCCGUCCCAGACGCGGGAAGGGCUCGGCCGGUUUCGAGUCGCUCGCCUGCAGCUUCCCUGUGGUUUCCCGAGGCCUCCUUGCUUCCCGCUCUCCGAGGAGCGUUUCAUCCGAAGGCGGGACGAUGCCGGAUAAUCGGCAGCCUAGGAACCGGCAGCCAAGUAUCCGCUCCGGGAACGAGCCUCGUUCCGCACCCGCCAUGGAACCGGAUGGUCGCGGUGCCUGGGCCCACAGUCGCGCCGCGCUCGACCGCCUGGAGAAGCUGCUGCGCUGCUCGCGUUGCACUGACAUUCUGAGACAGCCUGUUUGCUUAGGAGGAUGUGAGCACAUCUUCUGUAGUAAUUGUGUAAGUGACUGCAUUGGAACUGGAUGUCCAGUGUGUUACACUCCGGCCUGGAUACAAGACGUGAAAAUAAAUAGACAACUGGACAGCAUGAUUCAACUUUGUAGUAAGCUUCGAAAUUUGCUACAUGACAAUAAGCUCUCAGAUUUGAAAGAAGAUAAACCUAGGAAAAGUUUGUUUAAUGAUGCAGAAAACAAGAAGAAUUCAAUUAAAAUGUGGUUUAGCCCUCGAAGUAAGAAAGUCAGAUAUGUUGUGAGUAAAGCUUCAGUGCAAACCCAGCCUGCAAUAAAAAAAGAUGCAAGUGCUCAGCAAGACUCGUAUGAAUUUGUUUCCCCAAGUCCUCCUGCAGAUGUUUCUGAGAGGGCUAAAAAGGCUUCUGCAAGAUCUGGAAAAAAGCAAAAAAAGAAAACUUUAGCUGAAAUCAACCAAAAAUGGAAUUUAGAGGCAGAAAAAGAAGAUGGUGAAUUUGACUCCAAAGAGGAAUCUAAGCAAAAGCUGGUAUCCUUCUGUAGCCAACCAUCCGUUAUCUCCAGUCCUCAGAUAAAUGGUGAAAUAGACUUACUAGCAAGUGGCUCCUUGACAGAAUCUGAAUGUUUUGGAAGUUUAACUGAAGUCUCUUUACCAUUGGCUGAGCAAAUAGAGUCUCCAGACACUAAGAGCAGGAAUGAAGUAGUGACUCCUGAGAAGGUCUGCAAAAAUUAUCUGACAUCUAAGACAUCUUUGCCAUUAGAAAAUAAUGGAAAACGUGGCCAUCACAAUAGACUUUCCAGUCCCAUUUCUAAGAGAUGUAGAACCAGCAUUCGGAGCACCAGUGGAGAUUUUGUUAAGCAAACGGUGCCCUCAGAAAAUAUACCAUUGCCUGAAUGUUCUUCACCACCUUCAUGCAAACGUAAAGUUGGUGGUACCUCAGGGAGGAAAAACAGUAACAUGUCCGAUGAGUUCGUUAGUCUUUCACCAGGUACACCACCUUCUACAUUAAAUAGUUCAAGUUACAGGCGAGUGAUGUCUAGUCCCUCAGCAAUGAAGCUGUUGCCCAAUAUGGCUGUGAAAAGAAAUCAUAGAGGAGAGACUUUGCUCCAUAUUGCUUCUAUUAAGGGCGACAUACCUUCUGUUGAAUACCUUUUACAAAAUGGAAGUGAUCCAAAUGUUAAAGACCAUGCUGGAUGGACACCAUUGCAUGAAGCUUGCAAUCAUGGGCACCUGAAGGUAGUGGAAUUAUUGCUCCAGCAUAAGGCAUUGGUGAACACCACCGGGUAUCAAAAUGACUCACCACUUCACGAUGCAGCCAAGAAUGGGCACAUGGAUAUAGUCAAACUGUUACUUUCCUAUGGAGCCUCCAGAAAUGCUGUUAACAUAUUUGGUCUGCGGCCUGUGGAUUAUACAGAUGAUGAAAGUAUGAAAUCGCUAUUGCUGCUACCAGAGAAGAAUGAAUCAUCCUCAACUAGCCAUUGCUCGGUAAUGAACACUGGGCAGCGUAGGGAUGGACCUCUUGUACUUAUAGGCAGUGGGCUGUCUUCAGAACAACAGAAAAUGCUCAGUGAGCUUGCAGCAAUUCUUAAGGCUAAAAAAUGUACUGAGUUUGACAGUACAGUAACUCAUGUUGUUGUUCCUGGUGAUGCAGUUCAAAGUACCUUGAAGUGUAUGCUUGGGAUUCUCAAUGGAUGCUGGAUUCUAAAAUUUGAAUGGGUAAAAGCAUGUCUCCGAAGAAAAGUAUGUGAACAGGAAGAAAAGUAUGAAAUUCCUGAAGGUCCACACAGAAGCAGGCUCAACAGAGAACAGCUGUUGCCAAAACUUUUUGAUGGAUGCUACUUCUAUUUGGGGGGAACCUUCAAACACCAUCCAAAGGACAACCUUAUUAAGCUCGUCACUGCAGGUGGGGGCCAGAUCCUCAGUAGAAAGCCCAAGCCAGACAGUGACGUGACUCAGACCAUCAAUACAGUCGCAUACCAUGCAAGACCCGAUUCUGAUCAGCGCUUCUGCACACAGUAUAUCAUCUAUGAAGAUUUGUCUAAUUAUCACCCAGAGAGGGUUCGGCAGGGCAAAGUCUGGAAGGCUCCUUCGAGCUGGUUUAUAGACUGUGUGAUGUCCUUUGAGUUGCUUCCUCUUGACAGCUGAAUAUUAUACCAGGUGAACAUUUCAAAUUGAACUUGCACAGUUUGUGAGAGCCCAGUCAUUGUACUGUUUUUAAUUGUUCACAUUUUCACAAAUAGGUAGAGUCAUUCAUAUUUGUCUUUGAAUCAAAAAAAAAAAAAAAGUCGAAUGCCAGAUUACUAAUUCAUGGUGUGUUUGCCAUUUAGAUGCUGGGAUUGCUUUUAAAGCUUUUUCUUUUUAAAAUUAGCAUGUUUUUUGAUUCAUCAUGUCUUUCUAUUCAGAUUAUUGGGUAUCAAAGAUUAAUGAGAGGACACCAGAAUCUUGGUUAAAUAGACAAGUGGUAUCAUUUCUGUUUGAGUCUUUUAAUAUUCUUUAAUAAAAUCCAUACCUGCCACCAGUGAAAAAACUUGCCAUUUUUUUUUUUUUUUAAGUAAGGAGAAUAUUAUCAAACAAUUUAUUUUGGCUUUAUUGAAAAAAGAGUAUCUGGUUUAAAUGUGCCACCAUAGGUGUUAAAUUCUCCCAUCUGCAAUUGUCUUUAUCCUAUAUUGUGUUUAUUUCUUUUCCUAUAAUUUACUUUGUUGUCUGUUUCUAUACUUUUAUCCCUGUUUUUUAUCUUGUAUAUUCAUCAGGAAAUCGUGAUUUAAUCCUUAACAUUGGUGUUUUUGUGUGUGGGGUAAAAAUCAACACUAGGCUCAUGGUACAUAUUUUUAUUCUGUACAUUUGCUUAUAACUAUCAAUUUAUAACUCUGUUUAUCUGCUACAUAUGUAUAUAUACUUAGAGCAUUUUCUCUAACACAUUUUAAUGUUAAUAUUUUUUAAAAGGUCUGACCAGUCUAACAAAUUGUCAGUCUAACAUCAUUACUUUAAAUUAAGAAGCAGUCUUCUUCUGGUAAACCUCGUUGGUAUUUGUAAAAUAAUUUUGAAGGUCUUAAUUUCUUCCUUUGUAAAAGGAAAAGUUUUUUUUUAAAGUUUUUAGGUUGGCAUGGAGGCAGAAGUUGGUGAUUACUUGAUUUACAACAGAUUUUUUUCCAGAUCAUACAAAAGGCCAUACAGUAAGUAUAGAAGUAGGCAUGGGGAGGGCUUACUUAUAUCAAAUAGGCAAGGCCUCAGUGAGUGGGCAGGAUACCACCUGAGAGUGGCCAGACCUGGGGAGGUUACUCUGCUCUGGGUGCUCUUAUUCACGAAUCAACAAGGAUACAUUAGAUUAUUUUGAAACAUUUUUUUAAGAAGCAGAAUUAUUUAAUAAUUCCUUCCUGGACAUUGAAUAUACUUAUAAAAUUAAAGACUUGGGGAAGGAGACACUGAGAGUCCUGCCAGUUUGGUUCCUCAUGAACAAAAGAGGACAGUUUGAUAACUACCAGAAUAGAAUAUCCCUAGUUUUAAAAUACUGGGAAUCUCUGAAGUUCAUCAACAUCUUAAGAUGCACUUACUUGAAAGUUUGAGAUUCUGUUUGUCAUUUGAAAAUACGUUUUGCUCUAAUUCUUUGACAUGUUGUUUUUUCAUAUCAAGAAAUAUAUGAACAAAAUAAUAACCUUUUGACCCUGACCUUGCUGGGUGAAUUAGCUCUGAAACACUCUCUGCAACCAGUAAUGCAUUUGUCCCACAUUUCAUUCUGAUAGAAAGUGAUGAACACCAUUGCACCAAACAAAAAUCCGAGGGGUUAGGUAAUGUCUGGAUUAAAUAAUUUAAGACUCUCCGGGGUUUUGGUUGUCAUUUUUUAUAAUGGACUUUAAGUCACUUUCUGUUGCUUCAUAGGUCACAUUUUAGACAGGUUUGUGUCUGUUCCUUGCAUCUGAAUUUCUGUUUGUAAAGACACUUUUGAGGUCUCUUGCUCAGUUUUUGUCAUUCAUUUUCUUGGUUUAUCACCCUUCCCUUUUUGUUGUUUUUCCCUGACUGUUAAGCAGUUUCAUCUUUGCUUUUGUUAAAUAUUUGACAGCAGUUAGUUUGUGUUAAGCUCUUGAAACUUUCGAUUGUACUUUCUGUGUAGAUAUACAUGUAAUUAUUUUUUAUUUCUCAAUCAUAGAUUCAAGCUUCCUUCUUUUUUACCACAAAUCAUUAAAGUUAUUUGUGUUUCCAUAUAUCUGUGUCUUGUAUAAAAUUGGCUUAUUCUGUGCUGUUGAAUGAGGCUCAACAUGACUUGGUGAGGAAAUCUAUUAACUAACAAAAGCUUAUCUUUUUGAACAUAACGCUUUUUAAUUAAUUUUGAAUAAAAAUAUUUCUAAAGUGUACUAAGUACUUUAUUACCUUAGAUUAUUCUGAAUACAGUAUAACUUUGAUAGUUUGGAAUCAUCAUUAAGAAACAAUUACACACUGAUUCCUUUGUGUCUCUAUAAAAAUGAGAGGCUGGUAGCUUUUCCACAUUCUCAUGGCUAUUUUCUAGUUCUACUUGAAUUUGUAGCUGUUUCCCUUUUUCCUUGACAGCCGCCACUUUGUAGCUAUUUUUCUGUCUCUGCUAAUACUUUACUAUAUCUAACUUAAUUUUUUUUUCUUUUGACUUGCUGAAAAAUAGAAACCAGAUGGGAAGUAUAUUAAAAUUAUGAUUGAAAUAAGGGUAAAUGAGCAAUGUGUGAGGGUUUUCACUGACUUCACCUAAGAGGUAGUUUAGCUACUUGAAUUUUAGUAAAUAGAAUUUUUCCUUUAUUUCAUUGGUCCCCCCCUUUUUUUUUUUUUGCACCUGCUUUGUAAAUUUAAUAGUUAAGUGACCUCUGCCUAGAGGAUGAUAUUUGGGGAGGUUUGAUGUUUCCUGUGGGAAUAAGACGUUUCACAGGUGAGAGUGGGGCCACAUUACCUAUUAUUGUUUCUAUGGGUCAGUGUGGAAAAUGCAUUAAUUAUAUUCUAAACGUUCAUGGACCUCAUUACAGUCACAAUUGUCUAUUCUGUUUCCUACCCUGAACACAUUAAAAUGGUAGGAACUAAUGCUUGUCUUAUUUAAUUACUAAAAGCCACCAUUUUCUUUGAAGAUAGAUUGAGCUACAAAUUGUAAACUUCAUGUAUGUCUUUAUAAGUCAACCCUUUUCAAAGAUAUGCACAUCAAACUAAAUAAAUGAAUAAAUAAAUAACUACUGAGAAGUUG